AUGUACCAAGUGCUUUUCUUCCAGGAACUUGGAGACACAAUUGUGCAAAGGGCCAACUGGAAUGAUAUUAGGGAGUUCAAUGGUGAGACCUUUUCUGUUUCAAUGCCGAAGAAAAGCUCAAGCUCUUUUCCAUCUCAAGUUCUUGGAGGACAAACUGAUAAUCUCACUCCACGAAUCUUUGCCUCUCCAGUUGGUCUGGAAGCUCCUCCGGCAAAUGCAGUCUCCACUGCAGAAGGGUACAAUGACAGUAUUUCUACAAGAUAUCAGAUGCAGCCACUGUGCGUCAAUGCCAAUAUUCCUCUUCAGGUUGACGGCUCUUCAUUCCCUCUUCAGAAUCCAUUAAUCAGUUCCUCACACCAAACCCAGCUUCUGAGCUUUGGUCCAUCACAGGCAUCAGCAUCUGGCUUUCAUGCUGCGGGCCCAUCGAGUCUUCCUCCUUGCAGGGGAGCUGAGGAGCUUUUCCUGGAGGAGGAAAUUCGCAUGAGAAGCCACGAGAUGCUUGAGAACGAGGAUAUGCAGCAUCUCCCCCGUACCUUCAACAUGGGAGGCCAUAACCAAUCCUCAUUCAAUGCUACUGAGGAUGGGUACCAAUUCUCAUCAGCAUGCAUGCCCAACCUAUCUCAGAAUUUCGGCUUCAAACAGAACAGGAGCCGCUCAUUUGGCGAAGCUGAUGUUGGGUGGCUAAAGAUUAAGGCGGUAAUGAGAUGGGGCUUUUUUGUUAGGAAGAAGGCUGCGGAGAGACGGGCGCAACUCAGAGAGUUGGAUGAAACGGAGACAAGGAAUGAAGAUGAAGCUGAGCUAGCUUUUAUGUUUAUAUGUUCCUCUCCUAGCCUGCCUGAUUCCUGUCAGUUCUAGUGUCAGUUGUAUGUCAAUCCGCACGUGUA